UAUUUGUUUCUCUCGUAGAGUCGUAACUACCUCAAAAAAAUCAGCAGAGAGAGAGAGAUACGCAAUGGCGACGGAGCAUCCUAGCGUUAGUGGAGGGGACUACAUUGUCGACCUUUUGCCGAACGACGACGAUGACUCGGCGCCGUCUUCAUGGCGUCUCAGCCUCGACACAUUUCGCCUCCCUUCUUCUUCGCCGUUGUCCUCUGGCCGUCACAAAGGCCGUACUCGCUUGUCCCGUUAUCUCCGGACUCCGAAAAAGGAACGUAAAGUCUCUGAGUACUACAAGAAGCAAGAGAAGCUCCUUGAGGGUUUUAAUGAGAUGGAGGCAAUUAACGAAACUGGUUUUGUAUCUGGAGCUCCAACUGAGGAAGAAAUGAAGAAGCUUGCGAAGAGCGAGAGGCUUGCAGUUCACAUCUCAAACGCAGCAAACCUUGUACUUUUUGUAGCAAAGGUUUAUGCUUCUGUGGAGAGUAGAUCUAUGGCUGUGAUUGCUUCAACUUUGGACUCUCUCUUGGAUCUCCUGUCUGGAUUUAUUCUAUGGUUUACUGCAAAUGCCAUGAGAAAACCAAACCAUUUUAACUAUCCAAUCGGAAAACGACGGAUGCAACCUGUGGGGAUCAUUGUGUUUGCAUCUGUGAUGGCAACUCUUGGGCUACAAGUGCUUCUCGAGUCAACCAGGCUUCUUGUUUCCAAGAAUGGUCCUCACAUGAGUAGCACUGAGGAAAAAUGGAUGAUUGGAAUAAUGGCUUCUGCUACAGUCGUCAAGUUUCUGCUCAUGCUUUACUGCAGGAGUUUUCAGAACGAAAUCGUCAGGGCCUAUGCACAGGAUCACCUCUUUGACGUUGUCACCAAUUCAGUCGGUUUAGCAACAGCUGUCUUGGCUGUCAAAUUCUACUGGUGGAUUGAUCCAUCUGGUGCUAUUCUAAUUGCUCUGUACACAAUCAGCACAUGGGCAAAAACAGUUCUAGAGAAUGUCCAUUCGCUGAUUGGACGCUCUGCGCCGCCGGAUUUCUUAGCAAAACUAACCUUCUUGAUAUGGAACCACCACGAAAAGAUUAAACACAUCGACACAGUGAGAGCCUACACGUUUGGGUCACACUAUUUUGUUGAAGUGGACAUUGUUUUGCCAGAGGAUAUGAGGCUGCACGAAGCUCACAACAUCGGAGAAACUCUUCAGGAGAAGCUCGAGCAACUCUCUGAGGUCGAGAGAGCUUUCGUUCAUAUUGACUUUGAGUUCACUCAUCGUCCUGAACACAAGUACAAGGUUUAGAUACCAGAAUAGCUUCUAAUUAAUGGAUCCAGAGGAGAUGAAUUGAGCAGGUGGUCUCGGUUUGUCUGGAUUUUUUUUUGUUUUUGUUUUUGUUUCUGCCUUUCGUAAAUUGCAUUCGACAAAAGAAUAACUCAAAUCCUAGUAUAGUAAGUAAUAUGAGUGAGACUUUCGGAAACGAUUUGUUUUUCAUUACCAGGAAAAAGAUAAGUAUAUAAAAGCUACAUAAAGUUAUA